UGGGGCAGGGCGGAGGCGCUGGCUUUAAGAAGGGGGAGGGGACAGUGCAAUCAGGGUUGCCCGCGGAGUUCGGCAAAGGAAAUCUUCAGCUGGCUUGGCAGCAGGGAGCCGGGAGAGGCAGCUCCCACCCUCAGCGCUCACCCCCGCCUACACCUUGGGCGGGCCGAAGUGUCACGUUAGCAAUUGCUCAGGAAGGAUCCUGCCGAGCUGCAGUUUCUGCUGCCUGUCUGGGGAGCGAUGCCUAAGCGGCAUGCUGCUUGCUAGUCAGCACCCCGCCAGGAUCCGACUGCGUUAGUUAGCCCUCCGGGUCACCUGAAGCAAUCGCCAGGCCGCCCGCUUCCGGUACAGACCAGCCAGCUGUCUCCAGAAAUCUCAUCAGAACAGAACCAUGGGGCAUCCUCCGCUGGAGUUCAGUGACUGCUACCUGGACAGCCCCGAUUUCCGCGAGAGGCUCAAGUGUUAUGAGCAGGAACUGGAGAGGACCAAUAAAUUCAUCAAAGACGUAAUCAAAGACGGCAACGCGCUUAUCAGCGCAAUGAGAAAUUAUUCCUCUGCUGUUCAGAAAUUUUCCCAGACGCUGCAGUCCUUUCAGUUUGAUUUCAUUGGAGACACUCUGACUGAUGACGAGAUUAACAUUGCUGAAUCCUUCAAGGAAUUUGCCGAAUUGCUCAACGAGGUAGAAAACGAGAGGAUGAUGAUGGUACACAAUGCUAGUGAUUUGCUGAUCAAACCCCUGGAAAAUUUCCGGAAGGAACAAAUAGGCUUCACAAAGGAGCGGAAAAAGAAAUUUGAAAAAGAUGGCGAGAGAUUUUAUUCCUUGCUGGAUCGGCACUUACAUCUGUCUUCUAAAAAGAAAGAAUCUCAAUUGCAAGAGGCAGACCUCCAGGUGGACAAGGAGAGGCACAAUUUCUUCGAGUCUUCCCUUGAUUAUGUUUAUCAAAUCCAGGAAGUCCAGGAGUCUAAGAAGUUCAAUAUUGUAGAGCCAGUCUUGGCCUUUCUUCAUAGUCUCUUCAUUUCCAACAGCCUGACGGUGGAGCUUACACAGGAUUUCCUCCCAUAUAAACAGCAGCUCCAGCUCAGUUUACAGAAUACAAGAAAUCAUUUCUCCAGUACCCGGGAAGAGAUGGAAGAACUUAAGAAAAGGAUGAAAGAAGCUCCGCAGACAUGCAAACUUCCAGGACAGCCAACCAUUGAAGGCUAUCUCUAUACGCAAGAGAAAUGGGCUUUGGGAAUAUCCUGGGUGAAAUACUACUGCCAGUAUGAGAAAGAGACCAAAACCCUCACCAUGACACCUAUGGAGCAGAAGCCAGGUGCUAAGCAGGGGCCCUUGGACUUAACCCUGAAGUACUGCGUGAGAAGGAAGACGGAGUCUAUCGAUAAGAGAUUCUGUUUUGAUAUAGAAACUAAUGAAAGGCCAGGAACCAUCACUCUGCAGGCCCUUUCAGAAGCUAACAGAAGACUAUGGAUGGAGGCCAUGGAUGGGAAAGAACCUAUCUACCACAGCCCCAUAACGAAGCAGGAAGAAAUGGAGCUGAAUGAAGUUGGGUUUAAGUUUGUCAGGAAGUGCAUCAAUGUCAUUGAGACCAAAGGAAUCAAGACAGAGGGAUUGUACCGUACCGUGGGCAGCAAUAUUCAGGUUCAGAAGCUGCUGAAUGCCUUUUUUGAUCCUAAAUGCCCAGGAGAUGUUGAUUUUCAUAAUAGUGACUGGGACAUUAAGACAAUCACAAGCUCCUUAAAAUUCUACCUCAGGAAUCUUUCUGAACCUGUCAUGACCUAUAGACUUCACAAAGAGUUGGUUUCUGCUGCCAAGUCUGACAACCUGGAUUACCGGCUGGGAGCUAUUCACUCCCUGGUAUAUAAGCUCCCAGAAAAGAACCGAGAGAUGCUGGAACUUCUUAUAAGACACUUGGUCAAUGUGUGUGAGCACAGCAAAGAGAAUCUUAUGACCCCCUCUAACAUGGGGGUGAUCUUUGGACCCACUCUGAUGAGAGCUCAGGAGGACACUGUGGCUGCCAUGAUGAACAUCAAAUUCCAGAACAUUGUGGUGGAAAUCCUAAUUGAACAUUUUGUUAAGAUAUAUUCAGGUCCACCUGAGGAAAGUACUGCACCCCCAGUGCCUCCUCCUCGAGUGACAGCAAGAAGGCACAAACCUAUCACAAUUUCGAAGCGCUUGCUGCGGGAAAGGACAGUUUUCUAUGCUUCUUCCCUGGAUGAAAGUGAAGAUGAAGUCCAACAUAGAACACCCAAUGGUACUAUCAUCAGCAGUAUAGAACCCCAUAAGCCACCACAGUACCCCAAAAUGCCUAUUCAGAAAAGUGGAGAAGCCGAUCCUGGGAGGAAAUCCCCAAGCAGGCUUGUUUCAGAUGGCAAGGUGGAGUCCUGCCUCGAGGUGGAUGUGGGGAAGUUGGUGUCUAGGCUGCAGGAUGGAGGGACCAAAGCCAUACCAAAGGCCACCAAUGGACCUAUGCCAAACCCUGGGCCCACCAAGGCCCCCUCUUUCCACAUAAAGAGACCAGCUCCUCGGCCCCUGGCUCACCACAAGGAGGGAGACCCUGACAAUUUCAGCAAAUUGCGUCCUCCAGGAGAAAAGCCAACCAUCAUCCGCCCCCCUGUGAGGCCUCCAGACCCUCCCUACCGGGCAGCUACUCCGCAGAAACCAGAACCAAAGCCAGAUAUUGUAGCUGGCAAUGCAGGGGAAAUCCCAUCUUCCGUGGUGGCUUCCAGGACCAGGUUCUUUGAAACAGCGUCCCGGAAAACAGGAAGUUCUCAAGGCAGACUUCCUGGAGAUGAGAGUUGAGGCCUCAGGUUUUAAAAGCCUUGGCCUCAGGGGACACUUUCCAGGUUCUAGAAGGGUCUUCUUCAAACCCUUGUGUGCUGAGUCCUUUUGUGCUGAAGAGCAGAUCUUUCCUGGCCCUGCACCUUCAGGCUCUGGGAUGCUAUAAAAUAAGGGACACAUGUCCUAGACACAAGUUUAUUUCUCCUUUGUAUUCUGUCUUCAUUCCCUCAGAAGGUCUACCUUGAGCUCCUGUAAGACUGUGAGUGACUGAACUCCCUCCCUCAAGCCAGACUGCAGAAACCAAGCUAUCCACUGACCUGAGUCGAAGAGAAGAGCUCACUUUUCAACUCUUCUCUGAACUUCCUGCUUCCUCAAAAGGCCAUCCCUCUCUGAAAGAUUUGGGGCUGAAGACUGAUCUCAGAGGUCUUACCCUGAACUAGAAGUUACUUGAGUUGGGAGCCAUUGCUUACCUUGGAGGUAGAGGAGUGGGAGUGUUUGCUGAACAUUGGAGAAUCUUAACAUGUCUCUUACUGAGGAUAUAGACCCUGGUGCCAGGUUGGAGCUCUGGCCCUACGUGCCAAGAAUGUGUCUGCUCCCAUGGGGUCAGACAGAAUGAGUGAUGCCCCCACAGCCCCUCAUAUGGACUCAGGAAGUUGACCUUCCUGCUCUUGCCUAUAGCCACUUAGGACAAAUCUGUAAAGCAUGUUUUGCAUGUCAAAGCUUAGGUCUGUUUGAAUUAUUCCUCCUGUUUUCUCCUGACAGCCUCCUUUCCAAGCAAUCAAGAAAGGAACAAAAGCUGAAAACAGUUCUUUUUAAACAGGCAGCCUGUGUUUCUCCUGUGGGAGUUCCAGUUUUGGGUCAAAUGCUGGGAAAAAAAUUGUUAAGAUGGAUUGAGGCCUGGCAGCUGCCACUGUUGCUUCAUGUUUGCCUUCUGCAGAUAAGCUCUUUUAUCUCCUGAAAGAAACAAUUCUUAACCCACUAUCUAUGGAUUCAAGAACUUCAUAAAGUCUCUGAAAUGAUAUGCAGACUUCCAUGACAAUGUGCCUUUUCUGGAGAGAUGAUCCAUAGCAUUCUACUGAAUUUCAAAUUGGGCCUAUGACACAAUAAAGGUUAAUAAUCUCA